AAACGUUGUGUCUCACCAGCAAACACUAUACAGCUAAGUGUUUAGCAUCAGGGUGGCUAAGAGGCUAGCAUACGGAUACUAAAAGUACUUCUUUUCUGCUUUUAUUUAUGUAUUUUCUAUGAUUUAGUGAAGUUACCAGCCGCUUUAGGAACUAAACCCACGGCACAGUCGAUGAUGCAGUUCAUGCUGCUGUUCAGCCGGCAGGGAAAGCUGCGGUUACAGAAAUGGUACGUGCCUUUGUCUGACAAGGAGAGGAAGAAGAUCUCCAGAGACCUAGUCCAGACAAUACUGGCCAGGAAGCCCAAGAUGUGCAGCUUCUUGGAGUGGAGAGACCUCAAGAUUGUGUACAAAAGAUAUGCGAGUCUGUAUUUCUGCUGUGCAGUCGAGGACCAGGAUAAUGAGCUGAUCACCCUGGAGAUCAUCCACAGAUAUGUGGAGCUGCUGGAUAAAUAUUUUGGCAGUGUUUGUGAGCUGGAUAUCAUUUUCAACUUUGAGAAGGCAUACUUUAUCCUGGACGAGUUCCUCCUGGGCGGAGAGGCCCAGGAGACAUCCAAGAAGAACGUGCUGAAAGCUAUCGAGCAAGCUGACUUGCUGCAGGAGGAGGCUGAGGCACCACGAAGCGUUUUAGAAGAAAUUGGCCUUACAUAAAUGAUCUUACUGCUGCUCUCCUGCAGUUCUUUCUCCCAGAUUUAAAUCUGGAAGCGUCUGUGUCUUUCUCCCGUCUUCUCCUGAUUGUGUCAGUGUUAUAUGUAUAAAAUCACCGCCUGUGUGCUGUACUUCUCUGUACUGUACUAUCCCGUCAUGUGCUUUGAAUGUGGUGCCAACUGUGGUUUUGAUGUGUCCCCCAUGUACAAGCUCCCUCACUGUAGUAUCCAGUGCUAUUAGCGUACCCGUACUUUCUUAAGACUCCACAAAGAACAAUGUAGCAAACACAUGAAAACUCUAGCAUCGUAUUAAGAUCAUGCAUUGUCACUUAUUGCAGAGUCCUGUGUUGUGUUUGGUUUAAAUGACUUUCUGAGGUGCUGCUUCAGCUGUUUGUACCUUUGGUAGAUUUCUAUCACAUUUGAAUCACAGUAGUGCAUUUGAUUUAAUGAUAACAAAAUAGUCACCCAUCUUUGAGUAACCAAAACAAGGCAUAAUU